CGUGAUUUGAUGGCGUGAAUCAUGUGGCAGAAGACGCUGCUGUGAAGACUGUUUGGCGCGCAAUGCUAUGCCGGACUUGUGCAACUCCAUGAAGCGUGGAAGAGGAGGGGGAAGAGGAGGAGGAGGAGAAGGAGGAGGAGGAGGAGGAGGAGGAGGAGGAGAUGGUAGUAAGAAAGAAGCAGGCUUGAGGUUGCUGAGUGGCUCAAUGACGGGGGAUGAGGGAGUAGAUCCCACGGGCAUCGAAGGGGCAGCAGCCGCGGACGGGCUAUCUGAUGGAGAGGAGCGGGGGGACGAAGAGAGAGAGGAGGAAAACAAGAAUGGAAUUGACUGUGAAUCUUCUUAUGCAAUUGACCGUCGCCGGAUCUUAAUCUCCCCAUCAUCAUCAUCAUCAUCAUCAACGUCAACAUCAUCAUCAUCAACAACAAGAUCAUUAACGUUGUCGUCAACAGUCUAUGAUGACGAGCGGAGAGGCUGGUCCUUGGAGCGCGCACAGGGCGCGCAGUGUGCUGCGGAUGGUGAGCGGAGUAGCUUGUCCGCGGAGCGCGCGCAGGGCGCGCAAUGUGCUGCUGCUGUCGCAGGCCGAUCGUCGCUAGAGACACGCUUUGCAAAAGAUGGCCGGGAUCUGGAUCUCCAUCCAGACAGGCAGCAUGGUUGGAUGGGAGUCCCGACAGGCGUCCACGUAAGCAGUGACGGCGAGGAGGGGGGGGUGCCUGAUAAUUGUGAUGAUGACGUGGCGAAAUCGAGCGCCGGAGGCUUGGAGCAGUCGCCGAGGAGGAAAGAUGGAGGAGGAGGAGGAGGAGGAGGAGGAGGGGGGGGGGAGAGAACGCUACGACCUCUCUUCUUCACACCGGAUCAGCAUCCACCAGCGGCUGAGUUGGAUGACUCGGGCCACGUGGCAGCCUAUGCGGGGCAGAGGGCUGCCUCUCGUCGGGAUCGGGACGUCUUCCCCUCUCCUAAGGAAGGCGGCGAUCGCGAUCGGGGUGGAGUUUUGCCGAGCAGGGCCGCUUUCUCCUCCCACACCGAGGAGGAGGAGGAGGAGGAGGAGGAGGAGCUUAGCUGCGCCCUUAAGCUAAACGACAAAACGCAGGAGGAUAAGGCAGUUUGUCGUUUCGCGGCGUGCACAGCAACAGGAGAAGGAGGCGCCCAGGAGGAGGAGGAGGAGGAGGAGGAGGGAAAGCUGACGGUUCAGGACAGCAGCACGGCAUCAGCCAACGGCGGAGGGCGUGUGUCAGCCACGGAGCAGAGGACUUCUUCCUCCACGGCGAUCGUUGGCGGCAAAAGUAGCGCUUCCUUAGAGGGCAAAUCUAACGGUGCAGAGCGGAGGCCUAACAGUGGUGCGGGGAGUCCGACGGCUGUUUUUAUCGUUGAUGGUGGCAAAGCGCUACAUUCCCCGCACGACUGCACAGCAGACAUAAACGACAACGAUGUCUCCGGCUAUGGAGGCAGUCGCGUUCCGCAGCUGGUGGUAGAGUCGGCUAUGGCGGCGGAGGGGGAGGAGAGGGAGGGGGAGGAGAGGGAUCGAGGGUGUGGAGAUGCUCCAGAUUGUGGUGAUGAUGCUGCACGUGGCGUCGUCACUGAGUUGUCGGGAGGGGAGGAGAGGGAGGAAGAGAAGAAGGAGAAAGAGGAGAAAGAGGAGAAGGAGAAGGAGAAGGAGAAGGAGAAGGAGGAGGAGGAUCUGUCAUCCGGACAUCGCGCAUAUGCUACGAUGGGGGAUUGUGAGAGAGGAGCGAUUUCAGAGAGAGUACAUGCUUGUCAGGAAAGAGUGGGUUCAGAAGGCAUCAACGAUUCUGCAACCGAUCGCCUUGCCAAGGUGGUUGCGUGUGCCAGCAGCUGUACAGCGGGGAGGAGCGAGUUGAGGACUACUGGCGGACAGUGUAGCAGCGAUGGUGGUCGUCGGGAUGCGUCAGGCGGCAGCCACUCCGCACAUGCCACGUGGCGCAAUGACGAGAGAGGCGUGAUUUCAGAAAGCAUUGAUAGUUGUGAGGAGGUCCGUGCUUCGUCAUUCGAUGGAUGUGCUGUUGCCGCCGAGUCCUCCCUUGGGAGAGAAUAAUGAUCGACCUUAUCUGCUUUCGGAUAAGGAGAAUAGGGAUAGG